CCCUUUGAUGUCAACAGCCUUACUGUGUGCUAGACGCGUCGUCAUAAUUUUAUCUUUUUUUAUGUUUGUUCUUAAAUAUAUUUAUUCAUUAUUUUCAUUUUUUCCAACUUUUACGCCUGUCUCCUGUCUGGUUGUCUCAGCUUAGCGUCGCCAUUGACUGACUAGAACGCAUGAUGGUUAUUAUAACGCUGGUGAUUGUUCUGGCCCUGUGUGGGGUGAGUGUGUGUAGGGACAGGGAGUAUUUCCUGGCAGCGGUGGAGGUGGAUUGGGACUACGCACCUACAGGAACCAGUGUCGUCAAGGAUGAAGCAGAAUCGGCCAAAGCAUUCAUCGAGAAGGGUCCUGACCGUGUCGGCAGCAAGUAUCGCAAGGCAGUAUACAGUCAGUACACGGACAAGACGUUCACAAAGGAGGUAUCCAAACCACUCUGGCUGGGUUUCAUCGGGCCGACCUUGAAAGGAGAAGUUGGGGACAAGUUGAUCGUCCACUUCAAGAACCUAGCGACAAAGCCCUAUUCAGUUCAUCCACAUGGCGUCAAAUAUUCCAAGUCGAAUGAAGGAGCUCUCUACAGUGACGGAACUAAGGAUGGAGACAAGAUGGAUGACACAGUGAUCCCUGGUGGAGAGCACACGUACACAUGGGAGAUAACUGAGGAGUUUGGACCCACACCUGGCGACAAGGCGUGUAUCCCCUGGGCCUAUCACUCCCACAGUAAGGACGCGGGUAAAGACACAAACAGCGGACUUUUAGGAACGCUGCUCACAUGCAAAAAGGGUGCCCUGGACGAGGAUGGUAAUCGAAAGGAUGUGGACAAGGAAUUUGUCGCUGUGUUGAAGAUCUUUGACGAGAACCAGAGCUGGUAUCUGGACUAUAACAUGAACACCUGUGAGGACCCCGCGUGUUGUGUGGACCUUGUGAAGGGCAAGGAUGAUGGGUUUGCGGAGAGCAACCGAAUGCAUGCACUAAAUGGCUACGUGUUCGGUAAUGGUCCCAAGUUCGAAGCUUGUUCCGGAGACAAGGUUGUUUGGUACGUCAUCGGCAUGGGCAGUGAGGAUGACGUGCACAGCUUCAUGGUGGACGGGGAAAGUAUGACGUACGAAGACCACAGAGUACUGUCGGUGGAUGUGUUCCCGUCCAAAUUUGUGUCAGCAGAAAUGGUGGCAAGUCAUCAAGGCUGGAAGCUUGUGUACUGCAAAGCAAACGACCACUUUGACGAGGGAAUGCAAGGGUUCUUCAACGCGAAGAAGUGUGCGGACAAGCCGGAGCCUCUGAUUGAGGAAGGUAAUGUCCGCAAAGUGUUUCUGAUGAUCCACGAACAUCUGUGGGACUACCUGCCGUCAGGAGUGGACAAACUCACGGAGAAAGCGCUAUUGGAUGACAGCCCAGAAUCUCAAUACUUCAUCGGCAAGUCCACCGCUAUCGGCAGCCAAUACAUGAAGGCGCGGUUUGUUCAGUAUGAGGACAAGGAGUUUCAGAAGGUGAAACGUAAAGGCGUGGACGACUUCCAUCUGGGGAUCCUUGGCCCCAUCAUCAGGGUCGAGGUUGGGGAGACUCUCGAGGUCACACUGUGGAACAACGCCACACGACCUUUCUCAUUCUACGCUCAGGGCCUCAUACAGUAUGGACAGGCAGAGAAGGAUGAUUCUGUGCAGUCCAUCACGACUGGGGGACAGGACUACCGUAUGUACCGGUUCUACGUACCUGAGACAGCUGCCCCGACAGACAAAGACACUGCGUGUGUCACCUUCAUGUACCAGUCGGCCGUGGAUCCGGUCAAGGACAUCAACUCAGGUCUUCUCGGCCCGCUGCUGGUCUGUAAGCGGGGUUCUCUGGAUGAUGAGGGCAAGCAGAAAGGCGUGGACAAGGAUCGGGCGUUGUUCUUUGGCGUGUUUGACGAGAACAAAUCCUGGUACCUGGACAAGAACAUCGAGAAGUUCACCAUAGCCUCCAAGAUCGACAAGAAAGAUCCAAAGUUCGUGGAAUCCAACAGAAUGAGAGGUGUGAACGGUCGGGCGUUCGGUAACCUGGGCGGCAUGGAGUUGUGUCGGGCGGAGCAGAUCUCUUGGCAUCUGUUCUGUGUGGGGGACCAGACCGACGUCCACUCCAUCUACUUCCACGGCAUGGACUUCGACGUGGACGGCAGUGUGAAGGACACAGUGGAGUUGGUGCCGGGCAAAUCGCUGUCGUUCGUCACACUCAUGUCUCACAUAGGUAACUGGGGUAUCUUCGACCGCAACACGGAUCACUUCAAGGCAGGGCUCAGCAUGUUGUACGAGGUGAAGAACUGCGACUACCUCCACCCCGCCCUCCUGUCCUACACACACCUCCCCAACCCCCCGAAACGCCAGUACUACAUCGCUGCCAUGGAAACAGAGUGGGAAUAUGCGCCUUCCAAGAAGUCGGUUGUCGAUGAUAGCGAAUUGACAGAUCCGAAGAGCAAGUCCUACGCAUUCGCACUCAACGAUAACAAACACGUGGGCACCAAGUACCGUAAAGCUGUGUUUAAGGAGUUCCGGGACUCCGCCUUCAGUGUUCCCAAACACAAAGACGCCGGGGACGAAUACCUUGGAUUCCUUGGCCCCGUCGUCAGGGCAGAAGUAGGCGAUGUCGUGGAGAUAGUGUUUAAGAACAUGGCGUCACGGACGUAUUCCCUACAUGCUCAUCUGGUCAACACAGACAAAGCGAACGAAGGAAGCUUGUACUCCGACCGGACGGACACGAAAACUGACGACGGGGUGCCCCCUGGCGGAUUCCAUGUGUAUCGAUGGGAGAUAACCAAGGGCCCUGGCUCAAAAGACCCGGCUUGCAUAUCAUCGAUGUAUUACUCCGCGCACAACCAGGUGAAAGACGCUUACUCCGGGCUGAUCGGUCCGCUGAUCAUCUGUAGAAAAGGUGUUCUUGGCAAGAAGAGGGUUAGGAAAGAUGUUGAUAAAGAAUUCAUUUUACUCUUUUCAAUCAUGGACGAAAAUCAAAGCUGGUAUCUUGAAUGGAAUCAGAAGAAGUUUGCAACAGACCAGAAGAACCACGAAGAUGCAGAAUUUGUAGAAAGCAAUAAGAUGCAUAUGAUAAAUGGGUUUGUAUAUCAGUCACUUCCGGGUUUGACGAUGAACAAAGGGGACACGGUGGCCUGGCACAUCCUCGGCUUCGGAGGGACACAGGACAUCCACACCGUGCACUUCCACGGCCAGACCCUGCUCCAGCGGUCAGGGGGGGUGCACAGUACUGACGUCAUCACCGUGUUCCCCGAGGUGGGGGUAUCAGCGAUAAUGAAGGCUACCAACCCCGGCAAGUGGUUCCUGCAUUGUCACGUCAACGACCACAUAGACGCCGGCAUGGACACGACGUAUACCAUCUUGGAUGUGGAGAAAACAAAAGAAGAGUCGAAAUAAAUGUUUCAAGGUCGUUUCAUUCGAAAUGCUUCAGUGUCAUUUGACACAUAGAAGGGGAAGUUUAUUUAAAUAUAAUACCUAGUUUGUUAUACCCUUGCUCUUUUCUCAAAAGUAACACCCUAACUUGACCUGCUCAUUGAUGCCAAGGCCACAUUUGAAACGAGAAUCCUGAUAGUAUUAUUUAUGCUGAAGUUCAUUUUUCCGCUUUUAGUAUUGUUCACGCAAAUGAUUAUAAGAUUUGUAUAUUUAUUGCUAUUUAUUGCUUGAAAUUAUAUACGAGAUGUGCAGAGACAUACGCUCGAUAUUGAAGUGCCAAGUUGUAGAAAGGUCAGAGUGUUUCUUAUAAAUGUGUGACUGUCAUGAUAGUUAUCUGCUUAUUUGAUAAACAUUACAAUGGGUAGUUAUUAGAAGUCAUCUAACAUGACUAUACCAUUAAUACAAUAUUUCAGAAAGGAUAUCAGAACUGCUUGAAAAGUCGGUAAGCACAAAGACCAUAUUGUUUAUGUUUUGUAUUAUUUCGUUAAAAAUGUAAAGUACCGCUGAGAUAGUUUCCCUUGUGAAUUAACUGUAUACAUCUACAUUAAACUACGUUUAUAACGAACACGCUUAUAAAGAACUGACUGAUAUAACGAACUUAUUUUUUAGUCCCGACCAUUAGUUGUAUAUAUGCUGGAUAUAUACUUAUAACGAACAACGGUUAUUGCGAACUAAUAUUAGUGGUCCCUUUGAGUUCGUUAUAACCGUAGUUUACUGUACAACCAACGUGUGUCCAGGAAUAUAUGUUGAGGGUUCCAAUACUGUCGACUGAACUUUUCCUGUCCUUUUGGUAAAGGUAAUUCUGCACUGGAAAAAGGAAUACGUUCUACAAUAGGUCAGCACAAUCAAUGAUGAUGAUGAUGAUGAUGAUGAUGAUGAUACGCAGUUGUGAGACAAACACAACAAUGAGUUGUCGUUGUCUGAUCACUGAUGUUGCGGUUAAUGUUUAAUCCACCUGAGCUUGUGCCGAGUGAUGUAUAGCACCUCCAAUGUAGCACCUACAAUGUAGCAACCCCAAGUAAAAGUACAGAGGAUCAGCCGAACAAGGCUCGGCUCGUAAUUGGCGUAUCGGGACCGUGUGCACAAUUACGUGAUUACUUCCAGACACUCUGGCUCCAGAUACUGACCUUGUCUCGCGAGACCUCUGUGUGUGCUGUGUGUUUCUAAAUGUCUUACCUUUCUGGUGAAAUGGCAAACCACUAAAUAUCUCAGCUUGUGGUAAAACAUGUACGUGUGUUGUAUACAAAACAUUCAAAAAAAAAUUAAAAUUAAUCACUUAUAAUGUUUGUACUGAAAACUUCACCAUCUAAUAGCGGUUAUUGAGUAAAAUCGAAAAAUGACUUAAUCACGUAUGAUGUUUAAUGAGACAUUUACUUAAAGAAAUGUCUAUGUUGGUGAUGUCACGUGUAUAGUCUGCACUUCCUCGUUGUGUCUUUGAUGGCAUUACUAAGCUGACAGGAGAGAACUGUGAAACUUUGUGCUUGAAUACUUUAUUUCUCUACGACUUUUCAGACUACUCAUUGCAUCGACUAGGUCGACGAUUGUUUUCAAGUUCAGCGCCGCCCCCAGCAAUAUUCCAGCUAUAUGACGGCAGUCUGUAAAUAAUCGACUCAGGACCAGACAAUCAGGUGAUUGGUAUUGCAAGCAACGAUCCAUGCCCUCGGCGUACGAUGACAGGCUAUCAACCAUGUCAGCGAGCCACCCAAUACAACAAGUUCUUACGACCAGCAUAGGUUACUAGGGACAUGGGAUGAAGUCCAAGAUGUGAUCUGAAGUGUCGUGGAGAAAUAAUAUAUUCAUCAGCCGUAAAGUGUCAUGCUUCCAUUCCGACUUGUGUCUCACAUUUCUUUGAUGUCAAUGACCUGUGUAUAUAGUGUCUGGUACCCGUAUUGAGGACGGGUGGCUCCACCGAUUGGUUCAAACUGGGUCUGUCUAUCUACCCCAAAGAUGUUUUGUAAUAAUUAAAUCGCAUAUAAAUAGCUAACGAGGGGGAAAGAGGGGUCAUAUUUCCAUCUCCAGCAGUUAGACAGUACUUUCACUGGUUUGUAAGAGUUGUUCAAUAUGGGCAGAGACCCGUGAAGAUUCCGAGGUAGAAUUGGUCUUCAGCAACCCAUGCUUGCCGUAAAAGGCGUCUUGCUUGUCGUAAAAGGCGUCUAACGGGAUC